AUGGCCUUUGCAAUGCUGUCCAUACUGCAGCACAUCCUCUCCAUCCCAGACAUUAAUCCACCGCCAGACAGAGAGCCAUGGGGAGGGAAGAUAAAGGGAAUCUUCCAGAACUUCAACCGUGGAAGGCCAUUGCCUAAAAACUUUCAGCAUGUCCUCGCCUUCACUUUUGCCAUUCAGGAGAUCAACAUGAAUGAGAACUUGUUACCCAACAUCACCUUGGGCUCAAAAGUCUAUGAAAAUGCAUUUAAUCCACAGAAAGCCAGUGAGUAUCUUUUGGGCCUCCUCUUCCUGGAACAAAGCUGUCCUCCCAAUUAUAAUUCUGUAAAGGAUCAGAAGCUCAUGGCUGUCAUUGGUGACCUCCCCUCUCCGAACACCAUCCAGAUGGCCAACAUCUUGAAUGCCUACAAGAUUCCACAGCUUCGCUUCUUUCUGAAAAACCUCCACUUCAACAAUAGUGCUGGGGAAGAAAUAGCUUUCAAUGAGAAUGGAAACCUGGCAGCAAAAUACGACAUCAUCAACUUGGUUACGUUCCCCAAUCGAUCCUUCCAGAAAGUCCAAGUUGGACUGAUUGAGGCCCAGAGUUCUCGAAGGGAAGGGCUCACCGUAAAUACAACUGCGAUUGUAUGGAAUCCCAAAUUUAAGCAGACACCACCUUCUUCGACCUGCGUGGAAAGCUGCCAUCCUGGAUACCGGAAAUUAAUUAGGGAGGGGAAACAGGUUUGCUGCUAUGACUGUGCCCAGUGUUCAGAGGGAAGGAUUUCCAUCAAGACUGAUUCCAGCCAAUGUGAGAAGUGCCCAGAAGAACAAUAUCCAAAUGAGAAACAGCAUCAAUGUAUUCCCAAAGCUUUCUCCUACUUAUCCUACCGAGAAGUCCUGGGAACAGUUCUCGCUACCUGCGCAGUUUCUUUCUCUGCAAUCACAGUUGUGGUGAUGAGGAUUUUCAUCUGCUACCAGAACACUCCCAUCGUCAAAGCCAACAAUUGGGGCAUCACCUGCACCCUCCUUUUCUCACUCCUGUUGUGUUUCCUCUGCUCCUUCCUAUUCCUUGGCUGCCCAGGGACAGUCACUUGCCUUCUUCGGCAGGCAGUUUUUGGAGUUGUCUUCUCCGUUGCAGUGUCUUGUGUGUUGGCCAAAACCAUCACCGUGGUUCUGGCUUUCAUGGCCACAAAGCCAGGGAAUCAUAUGAGGAAGUGGGUAGGGAAAAGGCUGGCCAUCUCCGUCAUUCUUCUCUGCUCCUUUAUUCAAAUGACCAUUUGUGCGGUGUGGCUAACAACAUCUCCCCCUUUCCCAGAGUUGGACAUGCACUCCCGGAAGGGUGAGAUCUUAGUGCAAUGCAAUGAAGGCUCAGAAAUCAUGUUCUAUGUUGUGCUGGGCUACAUGUGGCUUCUGGCCAUCAUCAGCUUCACGGUGGCCUUCUUUGCCCGGAAGUUGCCCGACAGUUUCAAUGAAGCCAAGCUCAUCACCUUCAGCAUGCUGGCCUUCUGCAGUGUUUGGGUCUCCUUUGUGCCCACCUACCUGAGCACCAAGGGGACAUCCAUGGUGGCUGUGGAGGUCUUCUCCAUCUUGGCCUCAAGUGGUGGCUUGUUGGGUUGCAUUUUCUUGCCCAAAUGCUACAUUAUCAUACUGAGACCAGAGCUGAACACCAGAGAGCAGCUAGUCAGGAAGAAGAAUAACAUGGUUUCAAAAACUGGAUAA